AUGUUGCAGUUCUCAGAGUACCCCGCAGAGUCUGUGCUCGCCAACCAUUCCCUCGAGCUAGGAGCGGAGCUCAACUCUGGAUUUAGUGUAGCGUUGACGGAUUGGAAUACGGAUUCCGGGGAAAUCCGUUCUCUUAUUGGUGUGUUAAUGCCGAGCCCCAAAGCGAUGUCUCGCUUUGACAUCAUCGCGCAUUUUGGUCGUAAAAUGGAACUGACCGCUGAUCAGAUUUCCACAUGGCUAGCGUGCCUGGCCUCCAAAUUACCUGUGGUUGAUCUGGGAUAUGAGCGACACCAAGCAAUUUCAUUCAAUAGCUCCCAUGGCCUCUAUAAUUUCAGCAAUAUCCGCUAUGCGGCACCUCCAGUUGGCGACCUGCGAUUCCAGGCACCUAUACUUCCAAAACAAAACAGAGAACACAUCCAGAAUGGCUCCGUGGGAAAGAUAUGCCCACAGGCAGCCCCAUUGUGGUCGACAAAUGUCCAACAAGUCUUCCUUUUGAGCUACUUCUAUAACCAGUCCUUCUCCCUAUCCACCAACAUCUCUUCCUAUGGGUACAAGCCGGCGGAGCAAGACCCACGCACCACUGAGGACUGUCUAUUCCUUGACGUCGUUGUCCCUAAAAAGAUAUUCGAUCGCACAAAAGAUAAAGUUGCAGCUUCUCGAAAGAACUUGGCGCCGGUGCUGGUGUGGAUCUAUGGCGGAGGGCUGGAAAAUAAUGAUGGGAUUGUCUACGUUGCCUUGAAUUAUCGAUUGGGUGCAUUUGGCUGGCUUGGUGGUGACAGUAUCACAGCCAAUGGCACCGCCAACGCAGCACUCCAUGAUCAACGGUUUGCUCUUGACUGGGUAUAUAAGAACAUUCACCUUUUCGGUGGAGAUGCAACCCGAGUUACAGUUAUGGGAGAGUCUGCUGGAGCCGGAUCAAUCCUUCAUCAGAUCACCGCUUAUGGAGGCACACGGGGCGCUGUACCCUUCAAACAAGCGAUCUUGCAGAGCCCAGGCUGGGUCCCAGUCAUUGGAGAAGAGCAACAAGAAGACACGCUGCAGCAGUUUUUAGGGAUUCUCAACGUCAGCACGAUUGAACAAGCCCGGAAAUUGUCAUCGGACAAAUUGAUCGCUGCCAAUGCGUACCAGGUCGCGACCAAAUCUCAGUGGGGACAGUUCACCUACGGUCCCGUUGUGGACGGCAGCUUUGUGCCUGCUCUGCCGGGGCAGCUUUUGCUUCGAGGCGAUUUCGAUCACAACCUGAACGUCAUGGUCGGCCAUAACGCGAACGAAGGGUUGAUCUUCACUUCGCCGGACAGCGUCAAUAGCACCGGUCUGGCAAUUCAAAUGAAGAGCUUGUCACCGAAUACUCCAGCAAAUGUGUCCGACUUUGUCUUGGAUGUCCUCUAUCCACCGGUCUACAACGGCUCCUAUGGAUACACCGACUCGGUCGCGCGUACCGCGCUCGCCAUCUCCGAUCUUAUCUUCCAGUGCAAUACCGAUUAUAUUAACCGUGCUUUCUACAAUGAGACCUAUGCGUAUGAGUUCAGCAUUCCGCCCGCGCUACAUGGCCAGGAUGUCUCGUACACCUUCUACAACAAUGGGAGUAGCACUUCGCUCUCAGGGGUCGCUAAUGUGACAGUGGCGUUGGCUAUGCAGGACUACUUUACUAGCUUUGUCCAGCAUGGCACGCCAAAAUCUCAUCUGGCACCGGUCUUCAGACAACAUGGCCAGCAUGCUCAGCUUAUGAACAUUGGCAAUAAUACCAUCCAGCCGACCCGGGACCUGACCAAUAACGCACGCUGUCGGUACUGGCAAACUGCGCCCUAUUAUAAGCCAAGCUGA